CUUGUGGAAGCUUGGCCAUCUCUGCCUCUGCCCCUGCUGCCCAUUGGCACAGCAGCGGGAGCAGGAGGACCACAAAGGGGAGGGCCGAACGGGGCCCCCUCUCCUCCCCGCAGCAGAAGAUGUGUGCUCCUCUGAGUGGGAACUGUUUGUGAAAGAGCUGCGAGUCCUGAGCCUGAGCGGUCAACUCUAAUUAUCAGGUGUUGUGAGCAGCUUCUGUCCCAACUGGACACCACGGGCCUCUCCAUCUGAAGUGCAGCCGGAGAAGAACUCUUGCGGAUCUGUCAAGCGUGGAGGCCAGAGUGAGAGAGAGAAAGAGAGAGAGAGAGAUGGACACAUGCGCCUGCGCUUUGGAGCUGCUGGGGAUGCUGGUCUAUGUUGGAGCGUGGCUGUGCGCUUUAGCCACCACUAUCUUACCACAGUGGCUGACCAUGUCCACUGCGCUGCUGCCCAUAGAGAGUUACGAGCUGGGCCUGUGGGAGACUUGCGUGGUGCAGGAUGUCGGGGGUAUGGAGUGCAGAACAUAUGAUAGCCUGCUGGGCCUUUCCAGUGACCUCAAGCUGGCCCGCAUCCUCAUGUGCGCCUCCCUCGUCGUGGGUUUGCUGGGAAUCCUGGUGGCUAUACCUGGACUUUACUUGAUCAACAGCUGUAAGGAGCAGGGAACCUAUCGAACCAAGAGGACUUUAACCAUCCUGGGAGGGGUGCUGGGAAUGGUCUCCGGAGUGUUGUGUCUGAUCCCUGUGUCCUAUAUGGCCCAUUUAGCCGUGAUACAUUUCUUUGAUGAAACAGUACCUGAAGUAGUGCCACGAUGGGAGUUUGGAGAUGCUUUGUUCUGCGGCUGGGCAGGAGGAUUUCUGCUCAUAGUGGCCGGGCUCCUCCUGGUCACCUCUUGCUUAUGUUCACAGGUGGAGCCGCAGCCUGUGCUGCAGCGGCGGUACCAGGUGAUGAGUACUGAUGUUUCCUUCAGGAAGCGGUCAGAGUAUGUUUAA